AUGGCAGAAAGAGUUGAUACUGGAAUUUGCAGAGCCUUUCAGGGAGAACAGGAUAAUUACGCCUUUCGGUCAUACGGGAAAGAAGGCCCUAGUACUAGACAUGUUUCGACCGAUCUUGAUCAUUACGGUUUGGGAUGCUCUGAGUCUUCUCUGGAAUUACGCCCAUCCGCCUUCAAGGAACACGACAUUAGAAGAACAGAUCGCAUAUGUUAUGAGGAGUCUGGAACUGUUAGCCAAAAACAUAAUGAUAAUACAACCGAACGUACUCCCGCGUCCAUCAACAGUGAACGUCACAUGGUCGAAAAAACGAAAAGGGAAAAUGAUACGAUGCAUAUUCGGCACAUCAAUCCGUUGUCAAGUACCCAUGAACAAACAGUCGGCAGUGUCGAAAGAUGUCCUAACCGAAGAAAAUUGAAGAAAUCCAGACAUUGUUUGGGAAAUUGCGCAGAAUCGGUUCCCUGGGAGGCGAUGCGUGGAAACCCACAAUCCCACAAAAAACGUGUCGUUUUGUACACGCGUACUCUCGCCCUCCCCAAGAAAGUUCAACAAGCGUUCAAUGUCAAAGAACUAUUUGAUGCCUUUGAAGACAAAUCUCGUAUUGCAACCUUCAUUGAUUACGAGGUUCUUAAUGGUGAUCUGAAAGAACUCAUUUAUUAUGUAACAUGUGUUGCUGAAUUUGGCUUUGACCAUAUAAUUAUUGUUGGGGAAGCUGACUGUGGCAUGAUCUUCUUAGAUUU